AAGAGUGCAGAGUGUAUGCAGCCAGGGGUAGCAGCCACUUCAGGAUAUGGGUCUGGAUUUGUGCUGAAAACCACUAUGGCCUUUUAAAGCCAGUGAGGAGGUUUUCUGGGGGCCCAGAAGCCCUGAGCCCAUUGGCCAGACCUCCUGGGAGAAGCGGAGCAGAUUUGCAUCAAAAAGAACACUGGCUUCAUUGAAAUUCUCCUCAUCUUGAGUGAAACAAAACCACAAAGAAGAGGAAAGUUUUAAUUCUGAGAAACUUCACUGAGGAGCUUUUUUUUUUUUUUUUAACUUCUAAAAAUAGAGAGGAAAUGAGCCUCUUUGGGUCACUCUAGUUGCCGCCUCCCCCCGCCCCAUGCCUGCCCCCGCUGCCCACUCAAGGCCAGCCUCUCACAGUGGGUGACUGAGCUGUCUUCAGUGGAAGCCCGAGGCAGAUGCCACGCAAUUCUGGAGCUGGAUACGGCUGCCCACACGGGGACCCCAGCAUGCUGGACAGCAGAGAGACCCCACAGGAGAGCCGGCAGGACAUGACUGUGGGGACCACCCAAGAAAAAUUGAAAACCAGCUCACUGACUGACAGGCAGCCACUCUCCAAAGAGUCCCUGAACCAUGCUCUCAAGCUCUCAGUGCCAGAGAAGGUGAAUAAUGCCCAGUGGGAUGCUCCAGAGGAGGCACUGUGGACGACUCGGGCCGAUGGGCGAGUGCGCCUACGCAUAGACCCCAGCUGCCCACAGCUUCCCUACACUGUGCAUCAGAUGUUCUACGAGGCCCUGGACAAGUACGGGGACUUCAGCGCUCUGGGUUUCAAGUGCCAGGACAAGUGGGAGCACAUCUCCUACUCCCAAUACUACCUGCUCGCCCGCAGAGCCGCCAAGGGCUUCCUGAAGCUCGGCCUGGAGCGGGCCCACAGUGUGGCCAUCCUCGGCUUCAACUCCCCGGAGUGGUUCUUCUCGGCAGUGGGCACAGUAUUUGCAGGUGGCAUCGUCACCGGCAUCUACACCACCAGCUCCCCCGAGGCCUGCCAGUACAUCGCUUAUGACUGCUGCGCCAAUGUCAUCGUGGUUGACACGCAGAAGCAGCUGGAAAAGAUCCUGAAGGUCUGGAAACAGUUGCCACAUCUAAAGGCAGUCGUGAUAUAUAAAGAACCUCCUCCAAACAAGAUGGCCAAUGUGUACACGAUGGAGGAAUUCAUGGAGCUGGGGAAUGAAGUGCCCGAGGAAGCCCUGGACGCCAUCAUUGACACCCAGCAGCCCAACCAGUGCUGUGUGCUAGUCUACACUUCCGGCACCACUGGGAACCCCAAGGGCGUGAUGCUGAGUCAAGACAAUAUCACGUGGACAGCAAGGUACGGCAGCCAGGCCGGUGACAUCCGGCCGGCAGAAGUCCAGCAGGAGGUGGUAGUCAGCUACCUGCCCCUCAGCCACAUUGCUGCCCAGAUCUACGACCUGUGGACAGGCAUCCAGUGGGGGGCCCAGGUCUGCUUUGCCGAACCCGACGCCCUGAAGGGGAGCCUGGUGAACACGCUGCGGGAGGUGGAGCCCACAUCGCACAUGGGGGUGCCCCGGGUGUGGGAGAAGAUCAUGGAGCGCAUCCAGGAGGUGGCGGCUCAGUCUGGCUUCAUCCGGCGCAAGAUGUUGCUGUGGGCCAUGUCGGUGACCUUGGAGCAGAACCUCACCUGCCCUGGCAGCGACCUGAAGCCCUUCACAACCAGACUGGCAGAUUACCUGGUGCUAGCCAAGGUCCGCCAGGCACUGGGCUUUGCCAAGUGUCAGAAGAACUUCUAUGGAGCAGCCCCCAUGACAGCAGAGACACAGCACUUCUUCCUGGGCCUCAACAUCCGCUUGUAUGCGGGCUACGGCCUCAGUGAGACCUCAGGCCCCCACUUCAUGUCCAGCCCCUGCAACUACCGGCUGUACAGCUCAGGCAAGUUGGUGCCCGGCUGUCGGGUGAAGCUGGUGAACCAGGACACAGAGGGCAUUGGCGAGAUCUGCCUGUGGGGCCGCACCAUCUUCAUGGGCUACCUGAACAUGGAGGACAAGACGUGUGAGGCCAUUGAUGAGGAAGGCUGGCUGCACACAGGCGAUGCUGGCCGACUGGAUGCCGAUGGCUUCCUCUACAUCACUGGGCGCCUCAAAGAAUUAAUCAUCACAGCUGGUGGGGAGAAUGUGCCCCCUGUGCCCAUCGAGGAGGCCGUGAAGAUGGAGCUACCCAUCAUUAGCAACGCCAUGCUGAUUGGGGACCAGAGGAAGUUCCUGUCCAUGCUGCUCACCUUGAAGUGCACUCUGGACCCAGACACCUCUGACCCGACUGAUAAUCUGACUGAACAAGCUGUGGAGUUCUGCCAGAGGGUGGGCAGCAGAGCCACCACAGUGUCUGAGAUCGUAGGGAAGGAUGAGGCCGUGUACCAGGCCAUCGAAGAGGGGAUCCGGAGAGUCAACAUGAAUGCCACAGCCCGGCCCUACCACAUCCAGAAGUGGGCCAUUCUCGAGAGAGACUUCUCCAUUUCCGGUGGAGAGUUGGGUCCCACGAUGAAACUGAAACGGCUCACAGUUUUGGAGAAGUACAAAGAUAUCAUUGACUCCUUUUACCGAGAGCAAAAAAUGUAGUCAGGGCCCAUGCUUGCAGUUUCUACAGAAUAGAGGGCAGGCGUUCCGAGCCUCUUCCUGAGCCCCAGGUCUCUUCAGUCUGGACACAGGCAUUUCUGGCAAGUCUGUUAGAUCUCCAGGUCAGGGCACAGCACUGGCUCCACAUUUACCAGGUCUUACGCCAACAAUAGCUGACAAUUCCGACAAGCUUCACGUGUGGGUAGUUUUAAUUCAGUUUAAGUUUUGCUUUUUGUUCAGGUGACAAAUGAGGUCAACUCUCCUUCCAGAACGAAAGGGCUGAUAAUUUUUGGCCUUAGUUCCAGGUAGAUUAAAAAGCUGCUAGCUCACAUACAGGACAGCCAGCAGCAGGCUGUGGAGGGGGUGGGAGGGAGAUGGCUGAUACUGCUCGUGUGCGCUGCAGGAAAAGCAAUCAGUUACAACUUACCUAGCGACCUGACUUACUCUGGAAUCGCGGUGGACAUCGCCAACUUGUUAUUCCAUUACCAGGCACUCCUCUGCCACACACAUGCCAACUGACUUGAUGCUUAAUAAAACUGCUGCUGCCGAUUUGAUUCUAUUUAAUGUAUAAUUUGAAUAUUAAACCUUUUAACAGAACUGUCAA